AUGUUUGCCGAUGGUCUUCCCGGUCACGAACCAAGUGAUGUACGUUCACUUGCGUUGUCGACAACGCAGAUACGAUCAAAAAUCUUGGAAAAUACUCGACUGUUUUCCAAACGGAAGGAAAAACAUCUGAUUGAGAUAUUGGAACUGGGCGUUGAUUCAUCACGCGACCCGGAUACUUUUACCUUCACAGAUGAGGCGCAGUUGUCCAGUCAUCUUCGCAGCGCUAGACGAGAAACUCUCGGUAACGGGAUAGACAUAUAUCUUCUCCAUCAGCAGCACACAUGGGCUUCUCUCAAUGCAAGCCGAGACAUGGUCUCUACUCUCAUGGAUCAUUGCAAAGUUGGUUGUGGUUUCUCGAAGAUUCUCAGGUGCUUCCAUGCACGUCAUUUGCCCACUGAGGAAGCAUAUUCCGGCACCUCUCAUACGGUGUUUACCACCGACCGAUCCGAGUUCGGCUGGGUCUAUAAAUAUCCUGAGAAGAAAGACGUCAAGUCUGGAAAUCCGUGGGUCAUCCGGCAUACUGGUAUCUAUCAAAUCCACAACAAAAAGGGCUCUAGGUCCACAUUGUUGAUAGUGAACCCAAGUCCGAACGCACUUUUUGAUGACUACCUCCGCAAGAGACUGCAACAAGUAUCGGGCAGAUCUACAAUAAUAUCGACUCCGACAAUCAUUCACACAAUGUUGAUAUCAAGUCAUCUCCAAUCCUGGCGAGAUUAUCUGGAAGAUCAUGAGACUUUGCUCUUGAAGCUGGAUUUGAAGCCCGCCUGUACAGCUCUAGAAGAGCCCUUGGUGACUUUCGAUACACUCAAAGAAGUCCGUGCGAUCGAAAAACGAAUAUUACCAGCAGAGCCUUUGUUGACAGCACUGGACGAACUGAUUCGCGACCUUGAACAAGCUGGCGAUCAUUUGCUGGAAGCAAACGAUGGGAAUAAAGAUGCACGCGUAGCCGUUCACCAGAGCCUGGAAGAGCUUCGAAAGGAGGCUCUUUCAUAUAUAAACCAGGGCGCAUAUCUCCAAAAACGAGUUCAGCUCACUGCGCAAUCAGUAUUGGACUCACUAAAUUUGGGCUUCCAGCAGCUCGCCAAGGGGCAGAGUCAGAAUACGUUCCAGAUGGCAAGAUCAGCUCGCGAAGAUUCUGUCGCGAUUAGAGCUAUUACACUUGUGACUUCGUUCUAUCUGCCGUUCUCAUUCGUGGCGGUAAGUUUAUCAUGUUAG